AUGAUAAAGGGAUGCUUGAGGCCAAAAUCAAUAGAAUCAAUCUAUGCCCUAAUGAUCAAGACUAAUGCCAACCAAGAUUGUUUCUUGAUGAAUCAAUUUAUAAGUGCAUGCUCAAACUUUUCUUACAUAGAUAUGGCAAGUUCAGCUUUUGCCCACAUGGAAAAUCCUAAUGCUUUGGUUUAUAAUGCAUUGAUUAGAGGUUGUGUUCAUUGCUGUUAUUCAGACCAAGCAUUGGUAUAUUAUAUGCAGAUGCUGAGAAAAAACGUCAUGCCUACUAGUUAUUCAUUUUCGUCUUUAAUUAAGGCUUGCACUUUGUUGAUGAAUUCAGUUUUUGGCAAAGCUGUUCAUGGCCAUGUUUGGAAACAUGGGUUUGAUUCUCAUGUGUUUGUUCAGACUACCUUGGUUGAGUUUUAUUCGACUUUAGGUGAUAUGGGUGAUUCAAGAAAGGUUUUUUAUGAUAUGUCUGAAAGAGAUGUUUUUGCUUGGACGACAAUGAUUUCGGCUCAUGUUCGGAAUGAGGAUAUGAAUUCUGCAGGGAUGUUGUUUGAUAUAAUGCCUGAAAAAAAUAUUGCUACUUGGAAUGCCAUGAUUGAUGGAUAUACAAAAUCAGGAAAUGUUGAAUCUGUUGAGUUUUUGUUUAAUCAAAUGCCUGCCAGAGAUAUUAUUUCAUGGACAACCAUGAUGACAUGUUAUUCUCGGAACAAAAGAUAUAGUAAUGUGAUUGCACUUUUUCAUGACAUGAUCAACAAAGGAAUAGUUCCUGAUGAAGUGACUAUGACAACUGUCAUUUCAGCUUGUGCCCAUCUUGGAGCGCUUGAUUUGGGAAAGGAGGUACACCUUUAUUUGAUGCUAAAUGGAUUUGAACUUGAUGUUUAUAUUGGGUCUUCACUUAUUGAUAUGUAUGCAAAAUGUGGGAGCAUAGAUAGGUCCCUUUUGGUGUUCUACAAAUUGCAAAAUAAAAACCUGUUUUGUUGGAAUUCUAUGAUUGAUGGCCUUGCAACGCAUGGCUAUGCGGAAGAAGCGUUAAGGAUGUUUGGUGAAAUGGAGAGGAAAAGAAUCCAACCAAAUGCAGUUACAUUCAUUAGUAUCCUAACUGCUUGCACCCAUGCAGGAUUUAUAGAAGAGGGCCGUUGCAGGUUUAUGAGUAUGAUCAAAGAUUAUUGUAUUACUCCUCAAGUUGAACACUAUGGAUGCAUGGUUGACCUAUUGAGCAAAGGUGGCUUGCUUGAGGAUGCUUUAGAGAUGAUCACAAGCAUGAAAUUCGAACCUAAUUCUUUCAUUUGGGGUGCCUUAUUGAAUGGGUGUAAGCUUCACAGAAACUUGGAAAUAGCUCAUAUUGCAGUUCAGAAUCUGAUGGUUUUGGAGCCAGGGAACAGUGGGUAUUACAAUCUCCUUGUUAACAUGUAUGCUGAAAUAAAUAGGUGGAGUGAGGUUGCAAAGAUCCGAACAACCAUGAAGGAUCUGGGUGUAGAAAAGAGAUGUCCUGGGUCUAGCUGGGUUGAAAUCAAUAAGAAAAUACAUCUAUUUGCAGCUUCUGAUAAAUACCACCCAUCUUAUGGUCAAGUUCACUUGUUGCUAGUUAAACUCGAUGAGCAACUGAGGCUAGCAGGCUAUGUCCCUGAUUAUUUUGAAAUGAUUUAG